CGGUGGAGUCGCCGUGUCCCGGCGGCGUGGUGUGGAGCCCCCGCCGCGGCGGCGGGAACGAGCGCCUCGUAGAACUGCUACUCCCAGAGCAGCCCGGGCCCCCCAUCUCCCCCCAACCGCGCUCUCAGGCUCCGAGCACUACAACUCCCGGCAUGCCGUGAACUUGACGGCCGCGCCUCCCGGGGGGAGUCCGGCCCUCCCGGCCGCCCGGCUUCCCCGCCCUGUCCCAGCCGCUCCUCAGACUGCGCGCGGAGCUGGGAUGCAAGCCAUGGAGGAGACACCGACCCCGUUGCUGGGCAGCAACAAGCCGCACCUGGAGAAGCUGACCUUGGGGGUCACCCGCAUCCUAGAAUCAUCCCCAGGUGUGACAGAAGUGACCAUCAUAGAAAAGGCGCCUGCUGAACGUCAUAUGAUUUCUUCAUGGGAACAAAAAAAUAACUGUGUGCUGCCUGAGGAUCUGAAAAACUUUUACCUGAUGACCAAUGGCUUCCACAUGACAUGGAAUGUGAAGCUGGAUGAACAUACCAUUCCAUUGGGCAGCAUGGCAAUUAACAGCAUCUCAAAACUGACUCAACUCAACCAGUCUUCCCUGUACUCACUUCCUAACGCACCAACUCUUGCAGACCUGGAGGACGAUACACAAGAAGCUAGUGAGAACCAGCCAGAGAAGCCUCACUUUGAUUCUCGCAGUGUAAUAUUUGAGCUGGAUCCUUGCAACGGAAAUGGGAAGGUUUGCCUUGUCUACAAAAGAGGGAAACCAGCAUUAGCACAAGACACUGAGAUCUGGUUCCUGGACAGAGCAUUAUACUGGCAUUUUCUCACAGAUACCUUUACUGCCUAUUAUCGCCUGCUUAUCACCCACCUGGGCCUGCCCCAGUGGCAGUAUGCUUUCACCAGCUAUGGCAUUAGCCCACAGGCCAAGCAAUGGUUCAACAUGUAUAAACCCAUCACCUACAACACAAACCUACUCACGGAAGAGACCGACUCCUUUGUGAACAAGCUGGAUCCCAGCAAAGUGUUCAAGAGCAAGAACAAGACCUUAAUCCCCAAAAAGAAAGGGUCUGUUCAGCCUGCAGGUGGCCAGAAAGGGCCUGCAGCUCCUCCUUCCACCACUAAAUCCUCCUCUGGCUCUGGAAACCCUGUCCGAAAAUGAGCGCCCCACCUCCAGCUCCCUGCCAGCCCCACAGCGAUGAUUUCCAUGCACAGAUGCCCCAGGCGUGGCCCAAGCCUCAGAUUCUGUGUGUGGAACCAUAGUCCCCUCCCCAUCUGAGUGACAAAAUCCUAGGCCUUUUUUACUGCCAUUGGCUUGAGCCAGGACUUGGAAAAGCAUACUCAGGUCUCCCCAAGAAUCCUUCCCUCAUACCCCUUACAGCAGGUUGUACCACCUACUGAUUCUGGAAGCUGUGGAGAAUGUAAGGUGCUGUGUAAGUGACCAAGAAGAUCUGUUAAGAGCUUUCUUCUCUUUCUACUCCAACCCCCUACCCCCUCAGCAGUAAUUAGAGAAGUCCCCCAUAGAAACCACUGGUUUUGACCUAUGAAGCAUUACAACUAUGCUGCUCAAUUGGUAGCCACUUUUUAAAGCAGCUAAAUUUAAGCCAUGUUAAAAAUUCAGUUCCUCAGUUAUAUUAGCCACAAUGGGAGUAUUCAUGUGGCUAGUGGAUUCUGUAUUAGCACAGAGAUGAUCAAACAUUUCUAUCAUCGCAGAAAGUUCUAUUGGGCAGCACUGCAUUAGAAUACUUUUGCAUUAUCCUUCCUCAGAUCAGUUAAUUUUGUUAGAGAAUAUUGAUACCUUAAUUUGAUGGGUUAUAAUGUUCCAUGAAAAACCUUGAAUAUACAUUUUUAUGUUCUUUAUAUCCUUCACCACAAAGAUCUUGCGUUGCUCAUUUUCAGUUUCCUAUAGUUUCUCAUCUUCAUCGGUUUCCUAGAAAGCUUCUUGUUUCCAGUUUUGUGAUGUGAUAUUUGCACAUUUGCCAAAAUUAUCUUUCUCACUUGUUUUUAAAAGAAGAGGUGAUUCUGCUGUACCAUUAAAACCAAAACAAAAUAAAAUCUCCCAAGCAUUGCUUUGCCAGGACUCUUCAUGCAGAGUUUUGAUGAGAUCAGUCACUGCUGACAAGAGCCUCCACCUGCUCUACCUACUCACAAUUGCUUAACAAUUCAUUGGGUAGCAGAAAAGAAUAGAGAGGAACCAAGUUGUCAAGGAUAAUAGCUGAGGUUUAGUCUUCCAGAAGCAUUUUUCUGCCAAAACUCAUCAAAGAGAGAACCAGCAGUGCCAGAUAAGAGAUUCCAGCAUUUGGCUGCUUCCCCAAGUCAGGGUUAGAAGGGAAUUGAGAAGUUGUGUCAUCUUCCACUGUGGCAGGUGUCCUUCCUCUAGAGAUCAUGGAGCCCCUGAAUUAUUUCUUAAGUCCUGGUCCAGCUCUGGAUUUCAUAAAUGAAGCAGCAGAGGAGCCACGAAACAGUGGUGGCCUUCAAAUCAGUGACAAUCAGGUGGACUCCCCAAAGGGCUGUAGACAGAAGGGGGUUCCAACAAGGAAAGAUUUGAGACCUGCCUCAGGAGGAGCAGAGCACCCAAGAGCGGAAAUGGCUACCCAAUAUAUAGGACCCAGUGCAGAAUGAAAAUGUGGGGCCUUUUCUCCAAAACUCAGAUAAACAGUACCAUUAAAAGUACUGGACUUCCUUGGUGGCGCAUGAGAGUUCACCUGCUGAUGCAGGGGACACGGGUUCGUGCCCCGGUCUGGGAAGAUCCCACAUGCCGCAGAGUGGCUGGGCCCAUGAGCCAUGGCCGCUGAGCCUGCACAUCCGGAGCCUGUGCUCCGCAAUGGGAGAGGCCACAACGAGAGGCCCGCGUAUGGCAAAAAAAAAAAAAAAAAGUACUAAUACGGAGUAGCAAUUCUAAUAUUAGACAAAAUAGACUUUAAAAUAAAGACUAUUACAAGAGACAAAGCCACUACAUAAUGAUCAAGGGAUAAAUCCAAGAAGAAGAUAUAACAAUUGUGAAUAUUUGUGCACCCAAUAUAGGAGUACCUCAGUACAUAAGGAAACUGCUAACAGCCAUAAAAGGGGAAAUCGAUAUUAACACAAUAACAGUACAGGACUUUAACACCCCACUUUCACCAAUGGACAGAUAAUCCAAAAUGAAAAUAUAAAUAAGGAAACACAAGCUUUAAAUGGCACAUUAAACAAGAUGGACUUAAUUGAUAUUUAUAGGACAUUGCAUCCAAAAUCAACUGAAUACACUUUCUUCUCAAGUUCUUGUGGAACAUUCUCCAGGAUAGAUAUCUUGGGUCACAAACAAAACCUUGGUAAAUUUAAGAAAAUUGAAAUCACAUCAAGUAUCUUUCCUGACCACAACGCUAUGAGACUAGAUAUCAAUUACAGGAAAAAAUCUGUAAAAAAUAAAAAUACAUGGAGGCUAAAAAAUACACCACUAAAUAACCAAGAGAUCACUGAAGAAAUCAAAGAGAAAAUCAAAAAAUACCGAGAAACAAAUGACAAUGAAAACACAACGACCGAAAACCUAUGGAAUGCAGCAAAAGCAGUUCUAAGAGGGAAUUUUAUAGUAAUACAAUCCUACCUCAAGAAACAAGAAAAAUCUCAACCUAACCUUACACUUAAAGCAGUUAGAGAAAGAAGAACAAGAAACCCCCAAAGUUAGCAGAAGGAAAGAAAUCAUAAAGAUCAGAUCAGAAAUAAAUGAAAAAGAAAUGAAGGAAAUGAUAGCAAAGAUCAAUAAAACUAAAAGCUGGUUCUUUGAGAAGAUAAACAAAAUUGAUAAACCAUUAGCCAGACUCAUCAAGAAAAAAAGGGAGAAGACUCAAAUCAAUAGAAGGAGAAGUAACAACUGACACUGCAGAAAUACAAAGGAUCUUAAGAGAUUACUACAAGCAACUAUAUGCCAAUAAAAUGGACAACCGGGAAGAAAUGGACAAAGUCUUAGAAAAGCACAACCUUUGAAGACUGAACCAGGAAGAAAUAGAAAAUAUAAAGAGACCGGUCACAAGCACUGAAACUGGAACUGUGAUUAAAAAUCUUCCAGCAAACAAAAGCCAAGUACCAGAUGCCUUCACAGGCGAAUUCUAUCAAACAUUUAGAGAGGAGCUAACACCUAUCCUUUUCAAACUCUUCCAAAAUAUAGCAGAGGGAGGAACACUCCCAAACUCAUUCUAUGAGGCUACCAUCACCCUGGUACCAAAACCAGACAAAGAUGUCACAAUGAAAGAAAACUACAGGCCAAUAUUACUGAUGAACAUAGAUGCAAAAAUCCUCAACAAAAUAAAGCAAACAGAAUCCAACAGCACAUUAAAAGGAUCAUACACCCUGAUCAAAUGCAGUUUAUCACAGAAAUGCAAGGAUUCUUCAGUAUACACAAAUUAAUCAAUGUGAUAAACCGUAUUAACAAAUUGAAGGAGAAAAACCAUCAUCUCAAUAGAUGCAGAAAAAGCUUUUGACAAAAUUCAACACCCAUUUAUGAUAAAAAAAAAACCCUCCAGAAAGUAGGCUUAGAGGGAACUUACCUCAACAUAAUAAAGGUCAUAUAUGACAAACCCAAAGCCAACAUUGUUCUCAAUGGUGAAAAACAAACCAUUUCCUCUAAGAUCAGGAACAAGACAAAGGUGCCCACACUCGCAACUAUUAUUCAACAUAGUCUUGGAAGUUUUAGCCACAGCAAUCAGAGAAGAAAAAUAAAUAAAAGGACUCCAACUCGGAAAAGAAGAAGUAAAGCUGUCACUGUUUGCAGAUGACAUGAUACUAUACAUAGAGAAUCCUACAGAUACUACCAGAAAACUACUAGAGCUAAUCAAUGAAUUUGGUAAAGUUGCAGGAUACAAAAUUAAUGCACAGAAAUCCCUUGCAUUCCUAUACACUAAUGAUGAAAAAUCUGAAAGAGAAAUUAAGGAAACAUUCCCAUUUACCAUUGCAACAAAAAGAAAAUACCUAGAAAUAAACCUACCUAAGGAGACAAAAGACCUGUAUGCAGAAAACUAUUAGGACACUGAUGAAAGAAAGAUGAUACAAACAGAUGGAGAGAUAUACCAUGUUCUUGGAUUGGAAGAAUCAACAUUGUGAAAAUGACUCUACUACCCAAAGCAAUCUACAGAUUCGAUGCAAUCCCUAUCAAACUACCAAUGGCAUUUUUCACAUUUUCAGAACUAGAACAAAAAGUUGCACAAUUUGUAUGGAAAAACAAAAGAGCCCGAAUAGCCAAAGCAAUCUUGAGAAAGAAAAACGGAGCUGGAGGAAUCAGGCUCCCAGACGUCACACUAUAUUACAAAGCUACAGUAAUCAAGACAGUAUGGUACUGGCCCCCAAACAGAAAUACAGAUCAAUGGAACAGGAUAGAAGCCCAGAGAUAAACCCAUGCACAUAUGGUCACCUUAUCUUUGAUAAAGGAGGCAAGAAUAUACAAUGGAGGAAAAACAGCCUCUUCAAUAAGUGAUACUGGGAAAACUGGACAGCUACAUGUAAAAGAAUGAAGUUAGAACACUCCCUAACACCAUACACAAAAAUAAACUCAAAAUGGAUUAAAGACCUAAAUGUAAGGCAAGACACUAUAAAAGUCUUAGAGGAAAACAUAGCAGAACACUCUAUGACAUAAAUCAACAGUAAGAUCCUUUUUGACCCACCUCCUAGACAAAUGGAAAUAAAAACAAAAAUAAACAAAUGGGACCUAAUGAAACUUAAAAGCUUUUGCACAGCAAAGGAAACCAUAAACAAGACGAAAAGACAGCACUCAGAAUGGGAGAAAAUAUUUGCGAAUGAAGGAACUGACAAAAGGAUUAAUCUCCAAAAUAUACAAGCAGCUCAUGCAGCUCAAUAUCCAAAAAGCAAACGACCCAAUCCAAAAAUGGGCAGAAGACUUAAAUUGACAUUUCUCCAAAGAAGAUAUACUGAUUACAUUAAAGGAUGCUCAACAUCACUAAUCAUUAGAAAUGCAAAUCAAAACUACAAUGAGGUAUCACCUCUCACCAGUCAGAAUGGCCAUCAUCAAAAAAAUCUAGAAACAGUAAAUGCUGGAGAGGGUGUGGAGAAAAGGGAACCCUCUUGCACUGUUGGUGGGAAUGUAAAUGGAUACAGCCACUAUGGAGAACAGUAUGGAGGUUCCUUAAAAACAAAAUAGAACUACCAUACGACCCACCAGUCCCACUACUGGGCAUAUACCCUGAGAAAACCAUAAUUCAAAAAGAGUCAUGUACCACAGUGUUCAUUGCAGCUCUGUUUACAAUAGCCAGGACAUGGAAGCAACCUAAGUGUCCAUUAACAAAUGAAUGGAUAAAGAAGAUGUGGCACAUAUAUACAAUGGAAUAUUACUCAGCCAUAAAAAGAAACGAAAUUGAGUUAUUUGUAGUGAAGUGGAUGGACCUAGAGACUGUCGUACAGAGUGAAGUAAGUCAGAAAGAGAAAAACAAAUACCGUAUGCUAA